AUGGAAGGCUGUGACUCGCCCGUCGUCUCGGGGAAGGACAAUGGGUGCGGGAUCCCUCAGCACCAGCAAUGGACUGAACUCGGCAGCGCCCACCUCCCCGACACGCCCAGCGGCAUGGAGCCGUCCACAAGCGAGAGCCACGGGCCCCUGGACAGCCUGAGGGCGCCCUUCAAUGAGCGCCUGGCGGAGGGCACCCCCUCGGCCGGGCCCCCCGCCGCGGCUGCCGCCGCCGCCGAGCCCUCGGGCAAGGAGGUCAGCUGCAACGAGUGCGCGGCCUCCUUCGCCAGCCUGCAGACCUACAUGGAGCACCACUGCCCCAGCGCGCGGCCCCCGCGCCCCCCGCGGGAGGACAGCGGGAGCGACAGCAGCGAGGAGGGGGACGAGGAGAGCGACGUGGAGAACCUGGCCGGGGAGAUCGUCUACCAGCCCGACGGCUCGGCGUACAUCGUCGAGAGCCUGAGCCAGCUGGCCCCGAGCGGGGGCGGCAGCGCCUGUGCGGGCAGCGGCAGCGGCAGCGGCAGCGGCGGGCCCCUCCCCUCGCUCUUUCUGAACUCCCUCCCCGGGGCGGGGGGCAAGCCGGGGGACCCUUCCUGCGCGGCACCCGUGUACCCGCAGAUCAUCAACACGUUCCACAUAGCCUCAUCCUUCGGGAAGUGGUUCGAGGGCCCGGACCCGGCCUUCCCGAAUACCUCAGCCCUGGCGGGGCUCAGCCCCGUCCUGCACAGCUUCCGCGUGUUCGACGUGCGGCACCAGAGCAGCAAGGAUUACCUGAACAGCGACGGCUCCGCCAGGAGCUCCUGCGUAUCCAAAGAUGUUCCCAACAACGUGGACCUGUCCAAGUUCGACGGCUUCGUGCUCUACGGCAAGCGCAAGCCCAUCCUGAUGUGUUUCCUGUGCAAGCUCUCCUUCGGCUACGUCCGCUCCUUCGUGACCCACGCGGUGCACGACCACCGCAUGACCCUGAGCGAGGACGAGCGGAAGAUCCUCAGCCACAAGAGCAUCUCCGCCAUCAUCCAAGGGAUCGGCAAGGACAAGGAGCCCCUCGUAAGCUUCCUGGAACCAAAAAGCAAAAACUUCCAGCACCCCUUAGCCUCCACGGCCAACCUCAUGGGUCCCGGACACAGUUUCUACGGCAAGUUCAGCAGCAUCCGGAUGGAAGGGGAGGAGGCCCUCCCCGCGGCCGCCGCCGCUGCUGCCGCCGCCGCCGCCGGCCCCGAGCAGCCCCCCGCCGGCAUCCUGACCCCCAGCACCCUCCUGAACCUGGGCGGGCUCACCAGCUCGGUCCUGAAGACCCCCAUUACCUCAGUCCCCCUGGGGCCGCUGGCCUCCAGUCCUACCAAAUCCCCGGAGGGCGAGGACCCCGGGGCAGCAGAAGGAGAGAAGCAGGAAGGCGGAGGCGGCGGAGACCCGGACUGCUUCUCCUCCGAGAAGGCAGGGCCCGCCGAGGAGGAGGUGGAGGAGGAAGAGGAGGAGGAGGAGGAGGCGGAGGAGGAGGAGGAGGACGAGGAAGAGGAGGAGGAGGAGGAGGAGGAGGUGGAGGAGGUGGAGGAGGAGGAGGACGACGAGGGUUGCAAAGGACUCUUUCCCAGCGAGCUGGACGAGGAACUGGAGGACAGGCCCCACGGCGAGUCCGGGGCCGCGGCAGGCAGCGGCCAAAAGGACCUGGCUCUCUCAAACCAAAGCAUUUCUAACUCCCCGCUAAUGCCUAACGCGCUCCAGACCCUGUCGAGGGGCGCGGCUUCUACUAGCUCUAACCCCGCUUCUUCCUUCGUGGUCUUCGAUGGUGCGAACAGGAGGAACCGUUUAAGCUUUAACAGUGAGGGCGCCAGGGCCAACGUGGCAGAGGGCGGCGGCGGCGGCGGCGGCGGCAGCGGCGGCAGCCGGAGGCUGGACUUCGCCGACGAAAGUGCCAAUAAAGACAGUGCCACAGCACCGGAACCAAAUGAGAGCCCCGAGGGGGACGACGGGGGCUUCGCCCCCCACCACCACCACCACCACCAGCACGCCGGCUCCCUCUGCGAGCUCGGGGCGGGCGGGGAGUGCCCCUCGGGGAGCGGCGUGGAGUGCCCCAAGUGCGACACGGUCCUGGGCUCGUCCCGCUCGCUGGGCGGCCACAUGACCAUGAUGCACUCGCGCAACUCCUGCAAGACCCUCAAGUGCCCCAAGUGCAACUGGCACUACAAGUACCAGCAGACGCUGGAGGCGCACAUGAAGGAGAAGCACCCGGAGCCGGGGGGCUCGUGCGCGUACUGCAAGACGGGCCAGCCGCACCCCCGGCUGGCGCGCGGCGAGAGCUACACGUGCGGCUACAAGCCCUUCCGCUGCGAGGUGUGCAACUACUCCACCACCACCAAAGGCAACCUCAGCAUCCACAUGCAGAGCGACAAGCACCUCAACAACAUGCAGAACCUGCAGAACGGCGGCGGCACGGGCGAGCAGGUCUUCAGCCACUCGGCCGGGGCGGCGGCCGCGGCGGCGGCGGCGGCGGCGGCGGCGGCGGCCGCGGCGGCGGCCAACAUGGGCAGCUCCUGCGGGGCCCCCUCGCCCACCAAGCCCAAAACCAAGCCCACCUGGCGGUGCGAGGUGUGCGACUACGAGACCAACGUGGCCCGCAACCUGCGCAUCCACAUGACCAGCGAGAAGCACAUGCACAACAUGAUGCUGCUGCAGCAGAACAUGACGCAGGCGCAGCACGGCCGCCACCUGGGCCUGGGCAGCCUGCCCUCGCCCGCCGAGGCCGAGCUCUACCAGUACUACCUGGCGCAGAACAUGAGCCUGCCCGGCCUGAAGGUGGACAGCGCGGCCGCCGCCGCCGCCGCCGCCGCCUCGGACGCGCCCCCGUUCAUGAUGAGCGGCUUCCCGCUGGACCCCUCCGCCGCGCCCAUGGCCGCCGUGACGCCCGCUCUAGUGGGCGGUGAGAUCCCCCUGGACAUGCGGCUCGGGGGCGGGCAGCUGGUGUCGGAGGAGCUGAUGAACCUGGGCGAGAGCUUCAUCCAGACCAACGACCCGUCGCUGAAGCUCUUCCAGUGCGCCGUGUGCAACAAGUUCACCACGGACAACCUGGACCUGCUGGGGCUGCACAUGAACGUGGAGCGCAGCCUCCCCGAGGAGGAGUGGAAGGCCGUGCUGGGGGACUCGUACCAGUGCAAGCUCUGCCGCUACAACACGCAGCUCAAGGCCAACUUCCAGCUGCACUGCAAGACCGACAAGCACGUGCAGAAGUACCAGCUGGUGGCCCACAUCAAGGAGGGCGGCAAGGCCAACGAGUGGCGGCUCAAGUGUGUGGCCAUCGGCAACCCCGUCCACCUCAAGUGCAACGCCUGCGACUACUACACCAACAGCCCGGAGAAGCUGCGCCUGCACACGGUCAACUCCAGGCACGAGGCCAGCCUGAAGCUGUACAAGCACCUGCAGCAGCACGAGAGCAGCGUGGAGGGCGAGAGCUGCUACUACCACUGCGCCCUGUGCAGCUACUCCACCAAGGCCAAGCUCAACCUCAUCCAGCACGUGCGCUCCAUGAAGCACCAGCGCAGCGAGAGCCUGCGCAAGCUGCAGCGGCUGCAGAAGGGCCUGCCCGAGGAGGACGAGGACCUGGGCCAGAUCUUCACCAUCCGCAGGUGCCCGUCCACCGACCCAGAAGAAGCCAUUGAAGAUGUUGAAGGGCCCAGCGAAGCAGCCGCUGACCCAGAGGAGGUGGCCAAAGGCCCGGAGAGCGGAGGCGAGAAGGACCAGAGCAAGUGGACAGCAUCGUCCAGCCAAGCAGAAAAGGAGCUGACAGACUCUCCUGUAACCUCCAAGCGCAUCUCCUUCCCAGGUAGCUCAGAGUCUCCUCUCUCUUCGAAGCGACCAAAAACAUCGGAGGAAACCAAAGCAGAGCAGAUGUACCAGUGUCCCUACUGCAAGUACAGCAAUGCUGACGUCAACCGGCUUCGGGUGCAUGCCAUGACACAGCACUCAGUGCAGCCCAUGCUCCGCUGCCCCCUGUGCCAGGACAUGCUCAACAACAAGAUCCACCUCCAGCUGCACCUCACCCACCUCCACAGUGUGGCACCGGACUGCGUGGAGAAGCUCAUUAUGACGGUGACCACCCCUGAGAUGGUGAUGCCCAGCAGCAUGUUUCUCCCAGCGGCUGUUCCAGAUCGAGACGGGAACCCCAAUGUUGAGGAGGCAGGCAAGCAGCCUGAAACCUCAGAGGAUCCUGGAAAGAACAUCUUGCCCUCCGUGAGCACAGAGCACGGUGGGGAUCUGAAACCCUCUUCUGCUGACCCAGGCUCUAUGAGAGAAGACUCGGGUUUCCUGUGCUGGAAGAAGGGGUGCAACCAGGUUUUCAAAACUUCUGCGGCUCUUCAGACUCACUUCAAUGAGGUUCACACCAAGAGGCCUCAGCUGCCCGUGUCAGACCGCCACGUGUACAAGUACCGCUGUAAUCAGUGCAGCCUGGCUUUCAAGACCAUUGAAAAGCUGCAGCUGCAUUCUCAGUACCACGUGAUCAGAGCCGCCACCAUGUGCUGUCUUUGUCAGCGCAGUUUCCGAACUUUCCAGGCUCUGAAAAAACACCUUGAGACGAGCCACCUGGAGUUGAGUGAGGCCGACAUCCAGCAGCUUUAUGGCGGCCUUCUGGCUAAUGGGGACCUCCUGGCAAUGGGAGACCCCACCCUGGCCGAGGACCACACCAUAAUUGUUGAGGAAGAUAAGGAGGAAGAGAGUGACUUGGAAGAGAAGCAGAGCCCCACAGGCAGUGACUCUGGGUCAGUACAAGAAGACUCAGGCUCAGAACCGAAGAGAGCUCUGCCUUUCAGAAAAGGCCCCAACUUCACCAUGGAGAAAUUUCUAGACCCUUCUCGCCCUUACAAGUGUACUGUCUGCAAGGAAUCCUUCACGCAAAAGAAUAUCCUGCUGGUGCACUAUAAUUCUGUCUCCCACCUGCAUAAAUUAAAGAGAGCCCUUCAAGAAUCGGCAACUGGUCAACCAGAACCCACCAGCAGCCCAGACAACAAGCCUUUUAAGUGUAACACUUGUAACGUGGCCUACAGCCAGAGUUCCACAUUGGAGAUCCACAUGAGGUCUGUGUUACAUCAAACCAAGGCCCGGGCAGCCAAGCUGGAGGCCGCAGGUGGCAGCAGCAAUGGGAACAGCAGCAGUGUCUCCCUGAGCUCCUCUACCCCAAGUCCUGUGAGCACCGCUGGCAGUAACACCUUUACCACCACCAACCCAAGCAGUGCUGGCAUUGCUCCAAGCUCCAGCUUACUGAGCCAAGUGCCCACGGAAAGUGUAGGAAUGCCGCCCCUGGGGAAUCCCAUCAGUGCCAACAUCACUUCCCCUUCAGAGCCCAAGGAGGCCAAUCGGAAGAAACUGGCAGAUAUGAUUGCUUCGAGGCAGCAGCAACAGCAGCAGCAGCAAGCACAGACACUGGCCCAGGCCCAAGCUCAAGUUCAAGCUCACUUGCAACAGGAGCUGCAGCAGCAAGCUGCCCUGAUCCAGUCUCAGCUGUUUAACCCCACCCUCCUUCCUCACUUUCCCAUGACCACUGAGACCCUGCUCCAGCUGCAGCAACAGCAGCAUCUCCUCUUCCCCUUCUACAUCCCCAGCGCGGAGUUCCAGCUCAACCCUGAGGUGAGCUUGCCGGUGACCAGUGGGGCGCUGACGCUGACUGGGACGGGCCCAGGGCUGCUGGAAGACCUGAAGGCUCAGGUUCAGAUCCCACAGCAGAGCCAUCAGCAGAUCCUGCAGCAAAGCCAGCUUUCUCUAUCCCAGAGUCAUUCUACCCUCCUUCAGCCAAGCCAGCACCCUGAAAAGAAAAAUAAAUCGGUCAUCAAAGAAAAGGAAAAAGAAAACCAGAGAGAGAGGGAUGGUGCUGAAGGGGGAGAAGGCAACACAGGACCAAAGGAGUCUCUGCCAGAUGCCUUGAAGGCCAAAGAGAAGAAAGAGCUGGCACCAGGGGGUAGUUCUGAGCCUUCCAUGCUUCCUCCACGCAUCGCCUCGGAUGCCAGAGGGAACGCUACCAAGGCCUUGCUGGAGAACUUUGGCUUUGAGUUGGUCAUUCAGUACAACGAGAAUAAGCAGAAGGUGCAGAGAAAGAAUGGGAAGACGGAGCAGGGAGAGAAUCUGGAAAAGCUCGAGUGUGACUCCUGUGGCAAGUUAUUUUCCAACAUCCUGAUUUUAAAGAGUCAUCAAGAGCAUGUUCAUCAAAAUUACUUUCCCUUUAAACAGCUGGAGAGGUUUGCCAAACAGUACAGAGAACACUACGAUAAACUGUACCCCCUGAGGCCUCAAACCCCAGAGCCGCCGCCACCUCCUCCUCCGCCUCCUCCACCUCCACUUCCCACAGCACCACCUCAGCCUGUUUCCACGCCAGCCAUCCCUGUGUCCGCACCACCCAUCACUUCGCCUACAAUUGCACCAGCCCAGCCGUCUGUUCCGCUCACCCAGCUCUCCAUGCCCAUGGAGCUGCCCAUCUUCUCGCCACUGAUGAUGCAGACGAUGCCACUUCAGACAUUGCCAGCCCAGCUGCCCCCUCAGCUUGGACCCGUGGAGCCUCUGCCUGCUGACCUGGCCCAGCUGUACCAGCAUCAGCUUAAUCCAAGUCUGCUCCAGCAGCAGAACAAGAGGCCUCGCACCAGGAUCACGGAUGACCAGCUCCGAGUUCUGCGGCAAUAUUUUGACAUUAACAACUCCCCCAGUGAAGAGCAGAUCAAAGAGAUGGCCGACAAGUCUGGGUUGCCCCAGAAAGUGAUCAAGCACUGGUUCAGAAACACGCUCUUUAAAGAGAGGCAGCGUAACAAGGACUCCCCUUACAACUUCAGCAACCCUCCUAUCACCAGCCUGGAGGAGCUGAAGAUUGACUCCCGGCCCCCUUCGCCGGAACCUCAGAAGCAGGAGUACUGGGGAAGCAAGAGGUCCUCAAGAACACGGUUUACUGACUACCAGCUGAGGGUCCUACAGGACUUCUUCGAUGCCAAUGCUUACCCAAAGGACGAUGAAUUUGAGCAACUCUCUAAUUUACUGAACCUUCCAACCCGAGUCAUAGUGGUGUGGUUUCAAAAUGCCCGACAGAAGGCCAGGAAAAAUUAUGAGAAUCAGGGAGAAGGCAAAGAUGGAGAGCGGCGUGAGCUUACGAAUGAUAGGUAUAUUCGUACGAGCAACCUAAACUACCAGUGCAAAAAGUGUAGCCUGGUGUUUCAGCGCAUCUUUGAUCUCAUCAAGCACCAGAAGAAGCUGUGUUACAAAGAUGAGGAUGAGGAGGGGCAGGAUGACAGCCAAAACGAGGAUUCCAUGGAUGCCAUGGAAAUCCUGACACCCACCAGCUCCUCCUGCAGUACCCCGAUGCCCUCACAGGCCUACAGCACCCCAGCGCCAUCAGCCAAUACAGCUUCCUCCGCUUUCUUGCAGCUUACAGCAGAAGCUGAUGAACUGGCCACCUUCAGUUCAAAAACAGAGGUGACUGAUGAGAAACCAAAGCAGGCUGAACCUCCCAGUACACAGCCAAACCAAACCCAAGAAAAGCAAAUACAACCAAAGGCAGAGCUGCAGCAGCAAGACCAGCCUGAGCAGAAGACAAACGCAGCCCAGCAAAAGCUUCCACAGCUGACUUCCCCCACUUCAUUACCACAGCCUCCUCCACAAGCACCGCCUCCGCAGUGCCCCUUACCCCAGUCCAGCCCCAGUCCUUCUCAGCUGUCCCACCUGCCCCUCAAGCCUCUCCACACGUCAACUCCUCAACAGUUGGCAAACCUACCUCCUCAGCUAAUUCCCUACCAGUGUGACCAGUGUAAGUUGGCGUUUCCAUCGUUUGAACAUUGGCAGGAGCAUCAGCAGCUUCACUUCCUGAGUGCGCAGAAUCAGUUCAUCCACCCUCAGUUUUUAGACAGGUCACUGGAUAUGCCUUUCAUGCUGUUUGAUCCUAGUAACCCUCUCCUGGCCAGCCAGCUGCUCUCUGGGGCCAUACCUCAGAUGCCAGCAAGCUCGGCCACUUCUCCUUCAACUCCAACCUCCACUAUGAACACUCUGAAGAGGAAGCUGGAGGAAAAGGCCAGCGCAAGCCCUGGCGAAAAUGACAGCGGGACAGGAGAAGAACCUCAGAGAGACAAACGCUUGAGGACAACUAUUACACCAGAACAGCUAGAAAUUCUCUACCAAAAGUACCUAUUGGACUCCAAUCCAACUAGAAAGAUGUUGGAUCACAUUGCGCAUGAGGUAGGCUUGAAGAAACGUGUGGUACAAGUCUGGUUUCAGAACACACGUGCUCGGGAAAGGAAAGGACAGUUCCGGGCUGUGGGCCCAGCUCAGGCCCACAGGAGAUGCCCUUUUUGCAGAGCCCUCUUCAAAGCCAAGACUGCUCUCGAGGCUCAUAUCCGGUCCCGUCAUUGGCAUGAAGCCAAGAGAGCUGGCUACAACCUAACUCUGUCUGCAAUGCUCUUAGACUGCGAUGGGGGACUCCAGAUGAAAGGAGAUAUUUUUGAUGGAACUAGCUUUUCCCACCUACCCCCAAGCAGUAGUGACGGCCAAGGUGUUCCCCUCUCGCCUGUGAGUAAAAGCAUGGAGUUAUCUCCCAGAACUCUUCUUAGCCCUUCUUCCAUCAAGGUGGAAGGAAUUGAAGACUUUGAAAGCCCUUCCAUGUCUGCAGUUAAUCUAAACUUUGACCAGACUAAACUAGACAAUGAUGACUGUUCCUCUGUCAACACAGCAAUCACAGAUACCACUACUGGAGAUGAGGGCAAUGCAGAUAAUGACAGUGCGACGGGAAUAGCAACUGAAACCAAAUCCUCAUCUGCGGCCAAUGACGGGUUGACCAAAGCGGCCAUGAUGGCAAUGUCUGAGUAUGAAGACCGGUUGUCGUCAGGUCUGGUCAGCCCAGCCCCGAGCUUUUACAGCAAAGAAUAUGACAAUGAAGGUACAGUGGACUAUAGCGAAACCUCAAGCCUUGCAGACCCCUGCUCUCCAAGUCCUGGUGCAAGUGGGUCAGCAGGCAAAUCUGGAGACAAUGGGGAUCGGCCUGGGCAGAAACGUUUUCGCACUCAAAUGACUAAUCUGCAGCUGAAGGUCCUCAAGUCAUGCUUUAAUGACUACAGGACACCCACCAUGCUAGAGUGUGAGGUCCUAGGCAAUGACAUUGGACUGCCAAAGAGAGUUGUUCAGGUCUGGUUCCAGAAUGCCCGGGCAAAAGAAAAGAAGUCUAAGCUAAGCAUGGCCAAGCAUUUUGGUAUAAACCAAACAAGUUACGAGGGACCCAAAACAGAGUGCACUUUGUGUGGCAUCAAGUACAGCGCUCGGCUGUCUGUACGUGACCAUAUCUUUUCCCAACAGCAUAUCUCCAAAGUUAAAGACACCAUUGGAAGCCAGUUGGACAAGGAGAAAGAAUACUUUGACCCAGCCACUGUACGUCAGUUGAUGGCUCAACAAGAGUUGGACCGGAUCAAAAAAGCCAAUGAGGUCCUUGGACUGGCAGCUCAGCAGCAGGGGAUGUUUGAUAACGCCCCUCUUCAGGCUCUUAACCUUCCUACAGCAUAUCCGGCACUCCAGGGCAUUCCUCCUGUGUUGCUCCCUGGCCUCAACAGCCCCUCCUUGCCGGGCUUUACUCCAUCUAACACAGCUUUAACGUCUCCAAAACCGAACUUGAUGGGUCUGCCCAGCACAACAGUUCCUUCCCCUGGUCUCCCCACAUCUGGAUUACCAAAUAAACCGUCCUCAGCGUCGCUGAGCUCCUCAACCCCAGCACAAGCCACCAUGGUGAUGGCCCCUCAGCAAAACCCCCAACCCCAGCAGCAGCAGCCACAGGUGCAGCCACCGCCAGCAACCCAGCCUCCACCUGUGCCACAGCUCCCGCCACAACCGCAGCAACAGCAACGCAAGGACAAGGACAGUGAGAAGGUGAAGGAGAAGGAAAAGGCACACAAAGGGAAAGGGGAACCCCUGCCUGUCCCCAAGAAGGAGAAAGGAGAAGCCCCCACGGCAGCUGCAGCCACCAUCUCAGCCCCACUGCCCACCAUGGAGUAUGCGGUGGACCCUGCACAGCUGCAGGCCCUGCAGGCAGCCUUGACUUCAGACCCCACAGCGUUGCUCACGAGCCAGUUCCUUCCUUACUUUGUACCAGGCUUCUCUCCUUAUUACGCCCCCCAGAUCCCUGGCGCCCUGCAGAGCGGGUACCUGCAGCCAAUGUAUGGCAUGGAAGGCCUGUUCCCCUACAGCCCUGCGCUGUCGCAGGCCCUGAUGGGGCUGUCCCCGGGCUCCCUACUGCAGCAGUACCAGCAAUACCAGCAGAGUCUGCAGGAGGCGAUCCAGCAGCAGCAGCGGCAAAUGCAGCAGCAGCAGCAGCAAAAAGUGCAGCAGCAGCCCAAAGCAAGCCAAACCCCAGUCCCCCCUGGGGCUGCUUCCCCAGACAAAGACCCUGCCAAAGAAUCCCCCAAACCAGAAGAGCAGAAAAACGCACCCCGUGAGGUGUCCCCCCUCCUGCCGAAACCCCCCGAAGAGCCAGAAGCGGAAAGCAAAAGUGCGGACUCCCUCUAUGACCCCUUCAUUGUUCCAAAGGUGCAGUACAAGCUGGUCUGCCGCAAGUGCCAGGCGGGCUUCGGUGACGAGGAGGCAGCGAGGAGCCACCUGAAGUCCCUCUGCUUCUUCGGCCAGUCUGUGGUGAACCUGCAAGAGAUGGUGCUUCACGUCCCCACGGGCGGCGGUGGCAGCGGCGGUGGCAGCGGCGGUGGCAGCAGUGGCGGCGGCUCGUACCACUGCCUGGCGUGCGAGAGCACGCUCUGUGGGGAGGAAGCUCUGAGUCAACAUCUCGAGUCGGCCUUGCACAAACACAGAACAAUCACGAGAGCAGCAAGAAACGCCAAAGAGCACCCUAGUUUAUUACCUCACUCUGCCUGCUUCCCCGAUCCUAGCACCGCAUCUACCUCGCAGUCUGCCGCUCACUCAAACGACAGCCCCCCUCCCCAGUCGGCCGCCGCCCCCUCCUCGUCCUCCGCUUCCCCUCACGCCUCCAGGAAGUCUUGGCCGCCAGUGGUCUCCCGGGCUUCGGCCCCGAAGCCCCCUUCUUUUCCUCCUCUCUCCUCAUCUUCAACGGUUACCUCAAGUUCAUGCAGCACCUCAGGGGUUCAGCCCUCGAUGCCAACAGACGACUAUUCGGAGGAGUCUGACACGGAUCUCAGCCAAAAGUCCGACGGACCGGCGAGCCCGGUGGAGGGUCCCAAAGACCCCAGCUGCCCCAAGGACAGUGGUCUGACCAGUGUAGGAACGGACACCUUCAGAUUGUAA